AUUGCCCCAUUCAUUCCAGCGCCGGAGACGGCCGUCGGCCCGGAUUGGUUAUCAGCACUGCUCUAAGAAACUUUCCCACGGCCAGCGCGUGCUGACAGCCGGCCAGCCACUCCUGGCGGACAAGCCAGACGGCCCCGGUGCAGGCGGAACACGGGGCGGAGCGCGACAGUCACGGACGGACAGUCCAUAGACCCUUUGUCAAGAAUACUCAAAGGAGAGGGGCGUGUUUACGAUCGGUUCAUCAGCAACUGUACUGUCACUCAAUCCCAACAUACUCCACUAAUUGGCUGUGUUUGUCUGACGCCCCGCCCUUCUUGGCUGGUCUUUGCGUUGAAACGACACCGUGGGAACGCUGCGUGCUUUAAACGGAUGGGCUGCGGGCGCACCUGACAGUUGUACAGUCGAGACUCGCGAGCACAAGGACUACUCUGUUUCUCCAACUACUACGGACACCAUGAAGCGAAAUCACGACUUCAGCUCGUCAGAUAGCGAACUGGAGGAAAAUAUCGAAGUCGAGAAGGAGAGUGCUGACGAAAAUGGGAGCCUGAAUUCUCCUCUGGGACCAAUGUCACCUUCCACAACUACUCAGGUGCAGGCGAGAAAGCGUCGUCGUGGGAUAAUAGAGAAACGUCGCCGUGACCGCAUCAAUAACAGCCUCUCGGAGCUGCGGCGGCUUGUUCCCAGCGCCUUUGAGAAACAGGGCUCCGCCAAACUGGAGAAAGCCGAGAUUCUGCAGAUGACGGUGGACCACCUCAAGAUGCUCCAUGCCGCGGGCGGCAAAGGCUUCUUCGACGGCCACGCGCUGGCCAUGGAGUACCGUGGCCUGGGCUUCCGCGAGUGUGUGGCGGAGACGGCGCGCUACCUGAGCCUGAUGGAGGGGCUGGACGCUGCUGACCUGCUGCGCGCGCGUCUGGUGUCGCACCUCAGCAGCUACGGUCUGCAGCGCGAGGCCCACUCUGGGCUAGCUCACCUGGGCUGGGGCUCGGCCCCCCCGCACCUCCCCCCCCACACCACCACCCCUCCUCCUGCCCCCGCCAGGAGCGCACACAGCCCCCCCUCCUCCUCCUCACCUUCCUCUUCCUCGUCAGCGUCGCCCGGCGCUUCGUCCGCGUCUUCGUCCCCUGUGGGGGCGGCCGGCCGCUCCUCCAGCCCUCCUUCCUCGUCUGACGGCCUCCUUCCCAGCAUGCUCGGCGGCGUGGCGUCCCUCCCGAGGCCCCCGGUCAGCGCAGCGGUCAAGCUGACGUCCCCGCUGCUGGCCUCUCUCUCUGCGUACCCUCCCCUGGGCACCUUCCCGCUGCUCACCCCCUCCCUCCCCGCCAACGCCAAGCCCUACCGGCCCUGGAGCAUGGAGAUCGGAGCCUUCUGACCUCUCAACUCUGACCUCUGACCUCUGAGCCGUGCGCACAGCCCCAUGCCCAGAGCGCCUGAGAGGGACAGACUGAGCGCGCCCAGUGAAGCUGGACGCUGAUGGACAGUGUG